AUGGAUGUGCGUGAGGAGAGCGUAGCGGAUGCCGCUACUCCCGAACUCGGGGAUUCCACCUCCGCAACAUUACCUGAAGCCUUCGUAAACACGACUGGAAAGGUGGUAAAGGUCCAAUUGAUAAACUUUUUGAACCACGCAAAUCUGUUGCUCCAUUGCUCACCGUACCUGAACAUGAUAUUCGGCAUGAACGGGCAGGGCAAAAGCGCAAUUGUGCAGGGCAUGGCAUUGUGCUUCGGCGGCUAUGGCCAUUCUGCGGGUCGUGACACCGCACUUUUACACUACAUCAAAGACUACCACCUCAGAGAUGGCCCCAGCUUUGCUCGUGUGGAGAUCACGCUUUCCAACCACGGGGACAAUGCCUACAAGCCAGAGUUGUAUGGUGACACCGUCGUUCUUGCGAGAGUCAUACACAAGAAUCAUUCCGCAUUUUACAUGGGCGGAUCUUUGGUUAAGAAGGCAGUGGUCAACAAAAAAGAGGUCGAUCGCUACCUUCGCCACAUUAAAAUGAGUAUCGGUAACCCCACGACGUACAUGGACCAGGAGUCCAGCAAGUCGUUCUUCUUUCACUCGAACCCCAGCAGCUUUUAUCGGUAUUACUCCGCUGCGGCGGGUCUGGUGGAGAUGGAACAGAAUUUAAGCACGGAGAAACGUCAUUUGGAGGAGUGCAAAGAGGAAUUGAAGGUACGCAAGCGCGUCUUGCACCCAGACCGUGAGAAGCUGCGAGAUCUUUCUAAGCAGAUAUCACUGUUUGAAGAAAAGCUUACGGACUGGAAGUCGGCGAAUGAGAUGUAUAGAUUAUCGCAGUAUCGCGCCUACAAGGAGCGGUACGAGGCUCUCAAGGAGACCUACGACCGAUUUAACCAAACCGACCCCAAGGAUGAAAUAGUGAAACUGCAACAUUCAAUUGAGUUAUUCAGUGGGGAGCUCGAGGAUGUAAAGCUAGACAUGCAAACUCAAACGUCGAAAACAUUCCAGCACAAGGAUAGCAUCACUACCAUCACCGACCAGAUAGCCGUUCUGAACGACUCCAUCGGUGACAUGCAGUCACGCAUUUCGGCCAAACGGACGUCCAUAUCGCAAGUGGAAUCUGCAAUGGGAAAUUUGGAUGGCGAGCUCUCCGCAGUGGCCGCAGAGCCAGCUGAUACAGACAAAAAGCGUCUGGAGCGUGAACUUGACGCCUGCCGCCAGGAGUACGAGGGUGUCAACCGGCAGCUGGAGUCUGUCUUGUUUGAAAUCGCCGAAGCUGAGAGCUCCGCACAUGAAAUUGAAACGCAAAUACGGAAUGUAAAAAUCGAUCUGGAUGAGCAGAGGCGCGAGAACGCUUCAUUGGAGUUUUCGACGGUAUCAAGUGUUAGGUCGGACCCGUUGCGUCGGGCCCUGUACCGCUACGACGUCAAUGCGGUUCGUGAAGACAUCCAGCGGAUGCGAGAUCAGGGGGUAUUUGUUUACAUGCCCAUUGGCCCAAUUGGAGAUUACCUGGUAGUGACACGAGACGCGCCAACAUGGAAAGUGCUGGCUGUGGUGGAGCAUCACCUCCGUAACAUGAUACACUCCUGGGUUGUUGCUACAGAGCAGGAUCGUCGCGCGUUGGAGAGUCUGCUGAUCAAGCACGGUUGCAGCCGCAGCCAGUCCAAGAUAAUAAAGAGCAACGUGUUCAUGCGUCCCGACCUCGUGGAGCGUAUGCAGAGAAGGCUCCCCAUGGUUAGUCAUCGCCAAUCUAUUUACAGUUACCUCGCCGUGAGGGAAAUCCCCCCUCUGCUGUUGUACGUGCUAGAUGACGUGUGUGGCAUAGGCCGCACUGUUGUCUGCAUCGAUGAUGAGCAGAUGUAUGAGGUGCUCUCAAGAGGUGUCGACAAAGUAGCUGUCGCGUACUCUUUGACCCGGUUGAAUAGCGGCAGGAGGCUGAAUGGAUCGAUGUAUCUGUCUCCGUGUUACGAAAAGCACCCAUUUGCAUACCAGUAUGUAUGUUACGCUCAGGAGAACGAAGGCGAUUAUUCGUGGGAGCGGGACGAACGGAAGGAUAACGGCACGCAGCGUGAGGCCUCACUGAAGUCCAUGUUGUCAUCUCUAUCCAAGGAACUUUCGGAGUGCAAUACUCGUUUGAAUGCACAUCGCAGCAAAGUCGACGACAUACGGGAAGAAAAGACCCGCAUAAUACGAAAACGUACCCGGCUGGAAGCGGAUUUGCAGGAAGAACUGGACAGCUUGGAAACCACAAACCAGAGCAGCCGUUACAACAGGUAUUGCGAGGCUAUGGAGGAAAUCCGUUCAGAUUAUCGUCGCCAGCUGAGGACUCUCGGUGCUGACCUGGCUGACUUCGAAGCAGAGUUGGCUACCAUGGAAUCCAAGAAAGUGGCUAAGGAGGAGGAGCUUAAGGUUGCAAAUAGCGAUUUGAAGGCUACAUUGAAGAAUGUUUCCGCCCUGAAGGUCGAUAUUCAGAAAAUACAGCAGCGUAUCAACACGCAAAAGACACAGAUAAAGGCCUUGCAGAAAAACAUGGACGAUUACAACUUCAAGUUGGACGGGUACGUGAACGACCUUAAGGAGGCUAAACAGAAACUUGAGAGUCACAAGGCUGAGUUAGAAGCAGAAGGAAUCGAUUACUCCGUAGAGCUGCCUACCAAAUCGCCGAACGAUUAUUUGCAAAUAUUGAACCUGAGCAAAGAUGUCCUCAAGCGCAUUGUGGACGACUCGAGGAGCAUUGAGGCUCACCUGCAGUCCCUACGUGAAAAGCACGCAGCUGCAGAACAAUCACUGCGGGAUAAAGAACUACGACUUACUGAGACAACCGAAAACUACAGCUUGCAGAAAAGGAAUUACGCCAAGCGAUGCAGGCGUUUCGAGGAGUGCCGAGCACGCAUUGAACACAAAGCCAAGAGGGCAUUUCGACAGACGCUAGACGCGGUUACAGGGUAUGACGGGAGCCUGGUUUUCAACGACGUGAACCGCACCCUGGACAUCCAAAUCUACAACAAACAGCAAUCGUACUCACGUGCCCACUUAGCCACUGACCUGAAGACACUCAGCGGGGGCGAGCAAUCCGCGAUCCAGCUCUCCAUGCUGCAAAGCUUGGCAACAAUAUCCUUCUCCCCCAUCCACAUGUUCGACGAAGUUGACGUAUACAUGGACGAGAGUACGCGAAUCAAAAAGUAA